AUGGAGGAGCCAGUGGUAGCAGGACCUGGGGCCUGUCUGCUGGAGGAGGAAGUUACCAAGUCGUGCCGGGACAGACAUGGACGCUGGACCAACCCCUGGCCCACAUGGCGGUUCCCUUCCAAUGCCAGGCUGCUCAAGUUCCUGCUGUGGGACACAGACAACAGCAACGUGCCAACCAGCAAAGAGGUCCUAGACGAAGCGCUCCCGGUGCUGGUCCCGUACUUCGCCCGGGUAGGGGCCGUGGACAGUGCCCCCCCAGGGCGUGGCCUCAGGGUCACCUGGUUGGGCCACGCCACCACGCUGGUGGAGCUGGACGGACUCAGCGUCCUGACGGACCCCGUCUUCAGCCUGCGGGCCUCGCCAGUCCAGUUUAUGGGGCCCAAGAGGUACCGGGGCCCCCCCUGCACCGUGGAACAGCUGCCCCCCAUAGACGCCGUGGUGAUCAGCCACAACCACUACGACCACCUGGACCAGGGGACGGUGAACGACCUCAACGCACGCUUCGGAGCGGACCUCCACUGGUUUGUGCCACUGGGCCUGGCGGACUGGUUGGGGAAGGCGGGAUGCCAGAAUGUGAUGGAGCUGGACUGGUGGGAGGAGAACUGUGUCCCAGGCCACCCUGACACCACCUUCGUCUGCACCCCUGCACAGCACUGGUCCAAGCGCACGCCUCUGGACAACAACCAGGCCUUGUGGGGCAGCUGGUCCAUCCUCGGCCCCCAACACCGAUUCUUCUUCGCGGGCGACACCGGCUACUGCUCCUCCUUCGCCGAGAUCGGACGCCGCUACGGACCCUUCGACCUCGCUGCCAUCCCCAUCGGAGCUUACCUGCCCAGAGAUGUGAUGCUGGGACAGCAUGUGGACCCAGAAGAAGCGGUGCAGAUCCACGAGGACGUCCGGGCAAAACACUCUGUGGGCGUCCACUGGGGGACCUUCGCCCUGGCACACGAGCCCUACCUGGAGCCCCCGGUGCGACUCCGCCAGGCCCUGGAGAGGAAGGGCCUGCAGCCAGGCUGCUUUUUCACCCUGCAGCACGGGGGGUCCAGGACCCUUCCGUAGGACCCUGCACCCUGGGAGUCCAGGACCCUACCGUAGGACCCUGCACCCUGGGAGUCCAGGACCCUGCAGUAGGACCCUGCACCCUGGGAGUCCAGGACCCUGCACCCUGGGAGUCCAGGACCCUACCGUAGGACCCUGCACCCUGGGAGUCCAGGACCCUGCAGUAGGACCCUGCACCCUGGGAGUCCAGGACCCUGCACCCUGGGAGUCCAGGACCCUGCAGUAGGACCCUGCACCCUGGGAGUCCAGGACCCUGCCGUAGGACCCUGCACCCUGGGAGUCCAGGACCCUUCAGUAGGACCCUGCACCCUGGGAGUCCAGGACCCUGCAGCACGGGGAGUCCAGGACCCUGCCGUAGGACCCUGCACCCUGGGAGUUCAGGACCCUACCGUAGGACCCUGCACCCUGGGAGUCCAGGACCCUUCAGUAGGACCCUGCACCCUGGGAGUCCAGGACCCUGCAGCACGGGGAGUCCAGGACCCUGCCGUAGGACCCUGCACCCUGGGAGUUCAGGACCCUACCGUAGGACCCUGCACCCUGGGAGUCCAGGACCCUUCAGUAGGACCCUGCACCCUGGGAGUCCAGGACCCUUCAGUAGGACCCUGCACCCUGGGAGUCCAGGACCCUGCACCCUGGGAGUCCAGGACCCUGCACCCUGGGAGUCCAGGACCCUGCAGUAGGACCCUGCACCCUGGGAGUCCAGGACCCUGCAGUAGGACCCUGCCCUCCAGGGAAGGAGGCGCCUUGGACUGAGGGCAGAGCCAAGGAAGCAAGAGCGUUCCAUUGGUCAUUUUGGAUCAGUCACACUACUGCCGUCACCUGUGUUUAGGACACCGAAACUGAAAACGGCUUCAUCCUUUAGAAGUCCAAAUUUGUUCUUUAAAUGUUGAUUAUUUUUCAUGUUCUUGGCCCCGGGACAAUCUCUGAAUCACGCAAUCAAGAUUGAGAGAGCAGGUUGUUUUUUCGGCACAAGGAAGUCGGUAGAUAUUGACCUGACGCAAAUGAUACGAGAGAGAUAUAGAGAGAUAAGGCCUUUUUCUUAACCUUGGAUAAAAGGUUGGUUUCGUUCAGUUGAAAGCCAAAUGAUCUCAUCCUGCUGAUUUGCAUGUAGGUCCAGGAAGAAGUGUGUCAGACUGUUUUCAUGAUGUGGGUUUUUCAGAAAAAGCCAGUUCAGUUAUCUGGUUUCAUGUGAAUGAGGAAACACACUAAGUUUUGCUGUCUCGCUGGUUAACUGUGGUCUCGUAUGGUGGCUCUAUGUUUGUGAUAAAGAAAAAUCUGUUUCAAAUUUCGUAAAAGUUGAAUGUAGACACACUGGAUCUCAAUGUUGUACCGUGCUGAUACAUGCAACCUGUUGGUUUCAGAGUAAAAUAUAUUGAACGUAUGUGGAUGCCAUUUUUGGUUGUUAACCUUGCACACUGCAAAAACAUUUUAUUAUCUUUUUUACAGCAGCAGAAAGAAUAUAGAGGUACAAAGUUUGGUUAAAAAACUUUAACGGUAUUAAAAUUGGCUUUUGUAAUUAGUAAA